CCAGCAGCACCUCGCCAGCGAGCACCUUUGGAUUUGGAGCGACAGUUGGAAAAGAGUGGCGCAUCUACAGAAUUCAACUUCGGUCCGCUGAAUUUACCAGCACCUACACUCUCGAAGCAGUUGAAUGAGAGGGAGAAGCAUUCUCUCUCACAGUCGGCAUCAGCUCUCCGGAACAACUUCAGCGGAAAGAAGCAUAGCGGUGGUCGGAUCUCUCACAGUGGACAAUCACAUGCGGGUACACCCAACCGCAAAGUGCAGAAUUUCUCCGGUCGUAACGCAAACUUGCGGAUCCCUCCGAUUGUAACACCACCUGGCGGACAUCUAGCUUCACGUCAACGCACAGAAGACUUUGGAUUCGAUACCGAUGACGAGGACGCAAGCCAAGGAAGCGUUCUUUCAGGAAACAAACAUUUCCGUGAUACUCCUAUUCAUACUCCCAUCGGGGGUUUCGCCGCCGGACCGCAUGUGAAGGCACAUACCUCCUACGUAUAUCCCGAAAAGAAUUAUCCUUUGAGAGCGUGCUUCUAUAAUCCGUCCGGCUAUGCUUGCUGUAACAGAACUCUCAAUGAUGAGAUUGUACAAACUUUCGAGCAUCUAGUCGCUGAACCGGGCUUCAAUCUCUGCAACACACAGAAGAUUGCCAAUGCUCUGCAAACGAACUGCGCUCGCAGGUUCAAAUUGCAAUUCGAGGCAAUUGUCGGCCUAGCCGAUUAUGCUCAACGAGUGAACUUCGCUCGAGAUUUGGUUUGCAAGGUUGAACUUGCGGGAAGGUACAUGCUCGUCUACGCAACUCCUAUACCUACUGAUAGAGUGAAACGCGAAGACAGUGCGGUUGUCGUCGACGAGCAUACAAUGAAGCCCGUCGACGGAAGCGCCUCAACUGCUGGAAGCACCACUACUCCAAUAUCUCUAACAAGCCGAAUUUAG